UCCGCCAUACUUGUGGCUCUUUGCAGAAGGGCACGAAAAGGCUGGAACAAGGGUGUCAACAGUACUAAAGACUUUGGCACUUCAUCCACCAAACAUGCUGUCUAGGCUCGUUUUCGUAUCAGCUAGUGCCCUGAAAGGCAGUGGUCCCCUUGGCGCUGGUUUGGUCCAGGCCUCCCAUUCCCUCCACACAUCUUCCCAGAGUCUUGCACCAGUACCUCCACUACCAGAGAAGGGAGGCAAAGUCCGCCAUGGCUUCAUCCCUGAGGAGCUGUUUCAGCUCCUGUACCCCAAGACUGGGGUCACAGGUCCCUACAUGCUGGGUACUGGCCUCCUUGUCUACUUGCUCUCCAAGGAAAUCUACGUCAUCAACCACGAGACCUUUGCCGCCCUUUCCAUAGGCACUGCCAUCAUUUAUGGUGUCAAGAAGUUUGGCCCUAAUGUUGCAGCUUUUGCUGACAAACUGAAUGAGGAGAAAGUGGCCAAGGCUCAGGAGGUGAAGGACCAUGCCAUGACCAUCAUGUCUCAGGCCAUUGAAGAUGAGAAGAAGGAGCAGUGGAGAGUGGAGGGAAGGUCAAUGCUCUUCGAUGCCAAGAGGAACAAUGUGGCCAUGCUGCUGGAGAUCAACUACAGGGAGAGACUACACAUGGUGACAAACCAGGUGAAGAAGCGCUUGGAUUACCAGCUCGCCCUGCAGAACCUCCACCGCCAGAUGGAGCGUGACCACAUGGUCAACUGGGUGGAGAAGAAUGUCGUCGGCAGCCUCACCCCUCAGCAGGAGAAAGAAAGCAUCGCCAAGUGCAUCACAGACUUGAAGGCUCUGGCCAAGGCCACCCAGGCUAAGGCUACGGCCUAAACUGUUAAGUCUUCAGAGAAGGCUACCCCCUAAAACCCAGACUCAUUGUUGUGUGACAAGACAUCACUGUUUCUUUACAGAAUAAACCCUUUUUCUGUUUUAAGAUGGUCUCUGUCAUAAUUGUGAGUGUGUACAUACACGUCAUCUGAUGAUAAAAUAAAAUGUUUGCUUAUACACUAA